UUCGCUCAUUACCUACUUUGAAAUUUCUCAAUCCUUUCUCUUUAUAUAUAGUUUGAGCUAAAGAUAAGCAUAGCCCCUAAUUUCUUAGUCCAUGCUAAUUUACUCUAGCAUGAUUGGUAUACAUUAAAGUAUUUUAGCAUACAUGUAGAAAGAAGAAGUUGUACACGUGUUGUUGGAGUUGACUCAGAAAAAUCAGAGUGAUGGCACCGCCGCUGAAAGCUGAUGAAUUGGUGCCACAUCCAGUGAAGGACCAAUUACCUGGAGUCGAUUACUGUGUCAACAGUAACCCUUCUUGGCCGGAGGCCAUUAUUCUGGGUUUUCAACACUACUUAGUUAUGUUGGGAAGUACUGUCAUUAUCCCUACCAUCAUUGUUCCUCAAAUGGGUGGUGGCAAUGAGGAGAAAGCUCAAGUAAUUCAUACUUUGCUCUUUGUUGCUGGGCUGAACACUCUUUUGCAGUCUUUGUUCGGAACCCGGCUUCCUGUGGUGAUAGGUGGAUCAUUCACAUUCAUAAUUCCAGCUACCUUUGUUGCAUUAUCCAGUAGAUACAAUACAUAUCUUGACCCCCGUGAGAGGUUUAAACAUUCGAUGAGAGGAAUGCAGGGAGCUCUGAUGAUUGCAUCGAUACUUCCCAUACUAAUUGGCUUUCUAGGGCUCUGGAGAAUUGUUAUAAGGGUCCUAUCCCCUCUCUCUGCAGCUCCACUGGUGUUGCUUGUUGGCCUUGGCCUAUAUGCACAAGGUUUUCCGCUUCUGGCAGAAUGUGUUGAAAUUGGUCUUCCAGGGUUAAUCAUACUAAUAUUGUUGUCACAAUACAUUCCUCACAUGUGGAAAUUAAAGCGUCCCAUAUUUGAGCGAUUUGCUGUCCUAUUAUCAGUUGCUAUCGUGUGGGCAUAUGCAGCUAUUCUCACUGUGACAGGUGCAUACAACAAUAGAUCUCCACAGACUCAGUUCAGUUGCCGUGUUGAUCGCUCUGGGCUCAUUAGUGGAGCUUCAUGGAUAAAAGUUCCUUAUCCAUGGCAAUGGGGUGCUCCCAAAGUUGAUGCUGGAGAUGUAUCUGUGAUGAUGGCUGCAGCUUUGGUUUCUCUUGUCGAGUCUACUGGAGCAUUUAUAGCAGCUGCAAGAUAUGGCAGUGUAACACAUACACCGGGUUCAGUAAUUAGCCGUGGUGCUGGUUGGCUGGGAUUAGGCAUUUUGUUGAAUGGUCUAUGGGGAACUGCAACUGGAUCUACUGUAUCAGUUGAAAAUGUUGGUCUUUUGGCAAUGACUCGAGUUGGAAGCCGAAGAGUGAUUCAAAUGUCUGCAAUAUUUAUGCUUUUCUUUUCCGUGUUAGGAAAAUUUGGAGCGGUUCUUGCUUCCAUACCUCUGCCAAUUAUUGGAGCUUUGUACUGUGUCUUAUUUGCCCUCAUGUCUUCUGCUGGUCUUGGAUUACUUCAGUUUUGCAAUCUCAACAGCUUCAGGACUAAAUUUAUAUUAGGUUUCUCUAUCUAUUUGGGUCUUUCUGUGCCACAAUAUUUCAAUGGUUACGUGAUAACCACUGGUGAUGGUCCAGUUCACUCUGGCUCUGAAUGGUUUAACAAAAUAAUGCAAGUAAUCUUCACAUCCCCGGCCAUGGUGGCAGGAAUCGUGGCAUUGUUCUUGGACAUAACUCUUGCUCGCAAAUAUGCCACAACCAAGAAAGACAGUGGCAGGUAUUGGUGGGCAAAGUUCAAGCAUUUUGACAAAGAUCCUAGAAGUGAAGAGUUCUACUCUCUCCCUUAUGGCCUGUCCAAGUACUUCCCCUCAGUAUAAUAUCAUUAUUGUUUGAAGAAAAAAAUAAGACAUGUAAGUUGGUUGUCGGGAUAAACUUGAUGGUCAAGUACAGGACAUGAAAUGAUAUUUUAUCGAAUAUAUUUAUCUAAAGUAUGUGCUGCUGCUAUUAGAUGGCCACAAUUGUAAGAUGUAGCCCGCGGUUUGGAAGGUGUGGCCCAUGUUCUCCUUGAUUUGGUUUAGUAAAGGGAAACUUACAUAGAUACACCCAUUGGCUAUUCGGCCUUUUUGUUUUCAAAAAAUAAAAUAGCCAUGCCUUUUUGUCUUGCCAAAAAAAUGAUCAAUGGUCACUCGACUGUGCAAAGCAAAU